UAUUAACUAUAAACCCAUAUAAUGAUAGCAUACAUAUAAUUUCGCGCCUUUUCACCGGUCAUAUCGCGCAUUGCAUUCGAAUUUCGUAUUAGAAUUACGCAAGUAAUUUUAAACUAGUCCUUGCGUGCAGUUGUGCCCUCGAAAACCAGUUUUCAUACUUAAGCUUCGCAGUAAUACAGCCAUGCAAGGACGUCAUACAUAUUGUGGCUUUUGUGGGUAAACACAGUUUUUCACUUUCGGCAUUCUGGAAGAAGAAUAAGUACGUCUUAUGUGUUAGCCCUACAGUUGCUUUGUUGCGCCUAUUGCGUCAGGCGCAGAAUCGACUGUCUUGACCGGCGCUCGAACACCCACACGCACAAAUAUGAGCUACUCUUUAUCGCGCAGUUAUUUCAAACAAAGUUAGGGCAGCAUAAGUGUAGCGGCUAAGCAGAUCUGAGCUAUACUACCUGUAAGCUGCAGUACAGUAGACCUAGAACUUUCGGAGCAAUAACACACUAAAUUGAGAGGAUUACCCGCGGCUUUUUAUUGCAUACAUUGCAUACAACUAUAAAGAUUCAAGUAUGGAAUGCAAGGAUGAUAACGAAUUAUUUAGACAGGAUCGAAUGGGGAAAUAUCAAGUUUUAUUUCUGAAUACAGCAGGAUUAAGUUUAGAUGACAUAAAAAAAAUUUUCUCAAAUUUUGGAUAAGUCGACUACAUCCACAUAUGUGGAGAUAAAACGGGAUACCGUUUUGUAAAAUAUAGAUCUAUCGAUGAAGUAGAGAGAGCAAUCAAAGGAUUAAAGUAUAAUCCAGUAAUCAAACUUAUUCCACCUACAAGAAGAUGUAAAAAAAGCAAAACAAGAAAUGAGAAUUUCAAUAAGAGCGAUGAAGAACACAGUAAUAAAGGUAGCAAUGAAUCUGAAAAAAGCGAAUACACAGUGGAUGUUCCCCAAACUCAACCAAGAAAAGGUAGAAGAGGUAAUCAAUCAAUCUCGAGCAAUAAAAAUUCUUUCACGAGUUGCACAAGAAGUCAGACUAGUGAACAAGAAAUUUCUGAUAUGAUUGUCUCAAAUGGAAAAGGAACAUUGACCAACGACAUGAAUAAAAAGAAGUUCAUGAUUGAUGCAGAAGAAGUUAUUAUAGGUAACAUACCUAUAAAAUACAGUGCUCCUUAUACUUUGCAUUUAUUGAAUUACUUUGAACCAAUUGCUAUUAGUGAUAUCAAAGUAAUUCCUGAAUCUAGUAUUCGUUACUGUCAUGUUUAUUUCAAAAGAAUUCAAGAUUGUCUAGAAGUAGAAAGAUUAUUUGACCAAGUUGCUUUGUCUGGUCAAAAAUUGAUUGUCCAGAGACCUAGCACUUUAAUGGCAAAUGCAGUUUUAGAUUAACUCAAGACUUAACGGUAUGCCAAAUAAUUUUUCAAAGCCAAAUAUACUUUUUAAAGCAAUACCUUAUAGUAGAUUAUUUUUAUAAUUUUAUAAAAUCAGUAAUUCAACUAGAAACACUGUUUAUGACUAUUAUUUCGUAAGUAGAAGACAUAUCAAGUGGUAAAGUAUUUCAUCAAACAGAAAUUUGUAAAUAAAGAUAAUAUAAUUAUUUUAAGUUUUGAACCAAAAUGCUAUAACACAUUUAAUACAUUUUUUGUAUAAAUAAUUAAUAUUUUUCAAAAAAAAAGUUUCGUUAAAAAAAAAAGACAUUCAAAUAAUCAUGUAGAAAAAUCGAACACACGACUUUUUAUAAAGUUGUAUAAAUUAAACUAAAUGAAAAAAUUAAUUGACAAUCUAUUUUAUAUUUAUUUCAUUAGCGUAACACAUUUAUAAAAUUUGUUUUUCGUCGAAAAGGAAAUAACGUAUUGCUUCAUAACGUUUGAUUUUUGAAAAGUGAUACCGACAGCGCCAUCUCUACGCUUGCAUAUAUAGAUACAUAUACAUGUAGAUAUAGAACCACAUGCAACAUAUUUUGGUUAUCAAACAAGAUUCUUGGAAACGCUAUUGCUAUAAGUAUUAAGUAUUUACUUACCAACUGUGCGCCCAAACUUGCGAAGUUUGCAUUGAUAGUUGAUUCAAAAACAAUGCAUGCAUCUCGUUUUCUGCCUUAUAAGUAAAAUAAGGAAAAGGCUUCAUCUACAGUGAAGUGUCAAGUUAUAAAAAGUAGCGGUUUUAGCAAGGACAGCAUUUUUUUGCUGUGUGAACCUAAAUUUUUUAACAUGUCUUUCAUUGCGGAUAAUGGACCAAUGUGGUCCAAAGGUGAUGAUGGGACUUAUUGGUUACUUUUUCCCAACAAACAUGCGCUCACCAAAGAAGAAAUAAGGGAAAUUUUUUCACAAUAUGGACAAGUACUGAAUUUGACAAUGGCAGGUGAUGAGAAAGGUUUUCGUUUUGUACAGUAUGCCACCUUAGAAGAUGUUGAAAGGGCGGUUGAAAAUUUACAGGAUCACCCCACUAUAAAACUUGUACCUCAUCGUCCAAAAAAGAAAAAUAAUAAAAGUUGUAAUGGUUCACAAAGAGACAGACAAAAUAAUAACAAUGUGAUCAAUCAAGAUACGAGUAUGGACAGUGUAAAAAGAAAUUUAUAUCAAAGAAAAUCACCUAAGAAUAACAACGAGCAGACAGAUUCUAAUAAACAACAAUUCCAGAAUGCUAUGAUGUUUAGCAGAGAAUCAAUGCACAAACAAAAAAACUCAGACACUUGGCCAAACAAUGAUAAGGCAUCAGUGCAAUUGACACCCAGUAGUAAAUCUUUCUGUAAUAAAUCUAAUUUCAUCCCACAGACACCAAAGAACACUAUGAAUAGUCAAGUAUCACGCUCAAACAGUGCAGACUCUCUAAGUCCACCAAAUUUAGUAGACCAAAAGAACAGAACUCAACAUCUUCUCAAACUUCGAGGAGCAAAUGCUAAUUCUUUCUCUAUUAAUGAGUCGUACAAUAAUAGCAAUACAGAUGAUGAUGAGAUUCCUGAACUUGUUACCAAGACUCAACUGGAUGUGUUUAAACAACCAAGAAAAGUAAUUCUGAAUGCAGAAGAAGUCAUAGUUGCUAAUGUACAUACUGAUUAUGGCAGUGCUUAUGUCUUACAUUUGUUUGAACAAUAUGAACCCUUAGCUGUUAGCUAUAUGAAAGUAUUACCAAAUAGUGAAGUACGCUAUUGCCACGUUUACUUUAAGUCAGCGCAAGACUCUUUAGAAGUUGAAACUGUUUUUGAUAAAUAUGAUUUGUCUGGAAAAAAUUUAAUUGUUUUGAGACCUUGUAGAUUAAUGGCAGAAGCCAUGAGUUGAGCAUAAAAAUUUAUGUUGUAUUUCAAAAGACUUAAACAUUUUGUAAUAAGAGUAAUUAGAAUAAGCUUUUUAAGUUUUUACAAUUUUAACAAAACAAUACUAAAAAAAUUUAAACCGCCUAAACAGUGUUAAAGAAGAAUAAAUAAGAUUCUGAUUAUAGUGCUAUAUUUUGUAUUUUGAAUAAAAAAAAUAACUAUUUUAAA